AUGAGGAAGAUGAUCCCAUUGCUGAUGAGGACUGAGAUGACUGUAUCAGUGAGGACUUUUCACUUUCUGUACCACGUGGUUGUCUGUUUAAUUCAAAAGUACAGGAAGCAGCAACAGAUAGUCCAUUUGAGUAAAUUGGAUUUUGAAUUCGACAGGGUGUCCCACGACCUUAUAUGGCACUCCCUACAAUUGCAUGGUGUCCCCGAGGCGUAUGUCAAUUGGAUACAGCUCCUCUACGACAACGUCACCAGUUCAGUCCGAUGCGCCACUGGACUAUCACCUUCCUUCCCAGUCAGCGUCAGAGUCCACCAAAGAUCAGCUCUGUCACCCCUCCUCUUCAUCCUUUGUAUGGAUACCAUCACGGCCGACCUCCAGUUACAUCAUCCAUGGUCUCUCUAUGCUGAUGACGUAUUCCUUGCCAGCAAAGACGGGGAAGAGACCCAAACGACGACUCAACUCUGGAAGACCCGGCUCGACGAAUAUGGUAUGGGGCUCAAUAUGAAAAAGACCGAAUACCUGGAAGGAGGACCCCAAACUGAUGGCACCAUCAUAAUUGACAACGAAGACUUGAAGAAGACAGAAGACUUCCGCUACCUGGGCUCAGUCAUCAGCUACGAUGGAAAUAUCACCUCCGAUGUCUGAGCACGAAUAAAUGCAGCCUGGUUAAAAUGGCGACAGGUCACUGGUGUCCUUUGUGACAGAAGAAUGCCAGAUCGACUCAAGGGAAAAAUCUACAAAACGGUGGUCCGCCCAGUAGCCCUGUAUGUAUGGCUCCGCAUGUUGGCCUGCAUUGACCACACAUGA